AUUCUUUGGUUGGAAACGAUGGAAAAUUGUUUAAAAGGUUGGAGAUUUGUGCACAAUUUUAAAUAAAAAUUUGGUUUUUAGGUUUUUAGCUGUGGAAAACCUAAAAAAAAAGGUCGGAUUUGAGAUUAUCAAUGGAUUGUGAGCGAAUCGAUCGAGAAGCAGCAGUGUUUGAGUUUCUGGGAGAAGUCCCUUUGCUGCAGAGGCUUCCUAGUUCGUCUCUUAAUAAAAUUGCUGAUCUUGUCCAAGUGCGGUAUUUUGAUUCUGGUCAACAUGUAGUACGCAAGGGAGAGAAAGGGGAGGGUCUUUACUUAAUCUGGGAUGGGAAGGCUUGCUCAUCUGGUUCUCCUGAAGUUUUGGUUGGAAACCAUUCAGACAUUCAAUUGAAACAAUAUGAUUAUUUUGGCUAUUGUACCAUUGGUUCUGACUAUGAAGUAAAUGUAAUUGCGUUAUCCAAGCUAAUAUGCCUGGUUCUGCGACAUGAAAAUAGCAAUCUACUACAUCCAAAAUCUAUCUGGAAUGCAGAUGAAACGCAUGAGGGCAUCGCUUUGGUGCAGCACAUAUUGAGCUUGGAGCCCCAAGAAGUAGAUAUAUUUCAUGGGCAUACAUUGCCUGAGGCUCCAACAUUUGGUCAUGUUUUUGGAGGGCAGUUGAUUGGACAGGCUUUGGCUGCAGCAACCAAGACUGUGAGUUACCUUAAACCUGUGCAUAGUUUCCACUCUUAUUUUCUGGUUGCUGGAGAAACAAACGUGCCAAUUAUAUAUGAAGUUUAUCGAGCAAAUGAUGGACAGAAUUUUGCUACCAGACAAGUAGCUGCAAAACAGCAUGGCAAGGUCAUAUUCAUUUUAGUAGCUUCUUUCCAGAAGGAUGAAGCUGGUUUUGAACACCAUGACUUGAUGCCUCAUGUGGAUGCCCCAGAAACAUUUAAAUCAAUUGAAGAGUUAAGUGAGAGUAAUGAAUCUGGUCCACUCCCCUGUGUAAGAACAUCUAGUAUUUCACCUUUCUGUUAUCAUCUGCUUGUGGUACUCCUUGUUUAUUUUUUACUGAUGACAUUUUAUCAGUUUUCUAUGCAAAUGCUUUUAGUGAGAAAAUUUCUGGUAUCUGGCCCUAUAGAUAUACGGCUUUGUGAACCGAGCAAUCUGGAAGAACGAUUUAAACCAAGUUUGAAGUACUGGCUUAAAGUAAGAGGAGAACUUUCAGACGAACAAGCUUUGCAUAGAUGUGCUUUAGCAUUUGCUUCAGAUUUUUUCUUUGGAAGCAUUAGUUUAAAACCUCACUUGCGGAAGGAAAUGAAAAUACUCGCUCUCAGUUUGGAUCACUCUAUCUGGUUCCACAGGCCUGUGAAAGCCGAUGACUGGCUUCUGUUUUCUCCAUCUUCCUGCGGUGGCCGUGGAUUAAGUACUGGUCGUAUGUUUAACCGAAAGGGAGAGCUUGUGAUGUCAUUAAGGCAAGAGGCUCUACUUCGCGAGGUGAAGCCAACAAAUCGAGCCCCUCGAGCGAAAAUGUAGAGAUUAAUGAGCAAUUUGUCCCGUCCCGUCCCGCCCUUAGAUUUUUUUUUGAGAAUUUAAAUUAUUGGAUCUUCCGGAAAUUGCAAGUGAUAAUUAUAUUCUCAUCUGAUGAACAAUCUUCUUCAUUGACUUGUAUUAUAAUUGUGUUAAUUCACAAUGUACAAUAGUGUAUUAAAUUACAGUGAUUUGUCCAGAUGUUUUGUUCAA